AUGGAGAAGAUAUUUCCCUUUUAUCUGCUCUUCCAUGUGUGCUGUGCUGUAGAACAAUUACCACUAUUCUCAGAGUUAAACAACAUACUUGACAAAGAGGGAAUUCCAUUUCAGAAUAACAAGUUUGGAGAGACUGACAAAAUUUUAAAGGAAUAUGAUUUUAUUGUUGUGGGAUCUGGUCCUGCUGGAUCAGCUAUAGCAAACAGAUUGUCAGAAAUAAGUAAUUGGACUGUGUUACUUCUUGAAGCUGGUGAUGAGGCAACUUUUCUCAGCGAGAUCCCUGUAUUUAAUGAAUACACAGUUUUAACUAAUAAUUCCAGAAAUUAUGAACUGGAAAGAGAGUAUAACGCUUGUCUUGGACUAGUGAACGGAGUGUGCCACUGGCCAAAUGGUAAUGGUGUGGGUGGAGGUUCGAUACUCAAUGGGAUGUUGUACACACGAGGGCAUCCCUCAGAUUACGAUGAAUGGGCUUAUGAAGGUAACAUUGGUUGGUCCUAUAAGGAUGUCUUGCCGUAUUUCUUAAAAGUGGAAAACAUGUCUAUUCCAAGUUUAGCAGAAUCAGAAUAUCAUUCCACAAAAGGCCCUGUACAUUUGCAAUAUUCCUUUUUAACACAAAUAGGAAAAAGAUUCAUAGAAGCAGGCCAACAGUUAGGGUAUGAUGUUAUAGAUUACAAUAACCCAAAUACGAUGGUUGGAUUUUCUCAGGCACAGACAACCAUGAAGGGAAACAGAAGACAUAGCGCAGUAUCGGCUUAUCUAUUACCUUUAAAAUCUCGUCCCAAUGUACAUAUAUUAAAAAAUGCCUAUGUGACGAAAGUACACACUAGUAGAAGAACAAAACGAGUAAUUGGUGUCAGAUUUGUAAAGAAUAAUGUAAAGAGAAUGGCUUUAUCGAGAAAAGAGGUCAUACUUUCAGCAGGGGCAUUUGGUUCGCCAAAAAUUUUAAUGUUAUCAGGAAUAGGACCAGCUAAACAUCUUCACGAAAUGAGAAUCCCUAACAUCGUUAACCUUCCAGUUGGUGAAAAACUUCAAGAGCAUUUAUCAACAGCAACUGUAACAUUCCUUAUCAACACCACUGACAGUGCAACAUUGCCUAAACAGAUUGCUACAUUUGAAAGUGAAUUUUCUCAAUGGUUGGAUGGGGCAAAUAAUACAUUAGCAAAUAAUUUGGCUGAGGCCGUUGGGUAUAUUAAGACAAAAUAUGCCAGUCACAAAGCAGAUAUCGAGCUUUUUAGUAUACCUCAGAGCAUUGGUGGUGAUGGAGGUGUGUUUUGGAAGAGAACAAGAAAUAUUUCUGAAGAAGUUUAUAAUAAAACGUGGGAACCAAUAUUUUUUGCAGAGGGGUUCAAUAUUUUUCCAAUGAUGAUGUACCCAAGAAGCAGAGGUACAGUAAAACUACGGAGCUCAGAUCCAAAUGACCCAGUAGUUAUUGAUAAUAACUUUUUAUCAGAUACUUUUGAUGUUAAAGUUACAAUAGAAGGGAUUAGAGCAGCACAGGAAUUAGCGACAACAAAAGCUUUUCAAGAAAUUGGUGCCACCUUAUAUAAAAAUCCUGUUUACGGGUGUGAAUCGCAUGAGUUUGAUUCUGAUGAAUAUUGGGACUGUGCUAUAAGAACCGUUCCCAUUCAACUUCAUCAUCAAUCCGGCACCUGUAGGAUGGGCUUAUGUCCUUCAAAGUCUGUUGUAGACCAUAGAUUGCGAGUCCAUGGAUUGAAAGGACUCAGAGUCGCUGAUGCUUCAAUCAUGCCCAAGUUAAAUGGGGUGCACACCAUGGCAGCUUGCUAUAUGAUUGGAGAAAAAGCUGCUGAUAUGAUCAAGGAAGAUUGGGAGAGUCAUAAAUUAAAAUCAUGA